AUGGUGUAUGGUGAGUUCUUCCAUCGCCCUGCACAGGACGAGGAACUUGUCAACUUGAAUGUUGGGGGCUUUAAGCAGUCAGUGGACCAGAGCACCCUCCUCCGGUUUCCUCAUACCAGACUCGGGAAGUUGCUCACCUGCCACUCUGAAGAAGCAAUUUUGGAGCUCUGUGAUGACUACAGCGUGGCCGAUAAGGAGUACUAUUUUGAUAGGAACCCCUCCCUGUUCAGAUAUGUUUUGAAUUUUUACUACACGGGGAAGCUACAUGUCAUGGAGGAGCUGUGUGUGUUCUCCUUCUGCCAGGAGAUUGAGUACUGGGGCAUCAACGAGCUGUUCAUUGACUCCUGCUGCAGCAACCGCUACCAGGAGCGCAAGGAGGAGAACCACGAGAAGGACUGGGAUCAGAAAAGCAAUGACGUGAGCACCGACUCCUCCUUUGAAGAGUCUUCUCUCUUUGAGAAAGAGCUGGAGAAGUUUGACAAGCUACGAUUUGGGCAGCUCAGAAAGAAAAUCUGGAUUCGAAUGGAAAACCCAGGGUACUGCCUGUCCGCCAAGCUGAUCGCCAUCUCGUCCUUGAGCGUGGUGCUGGCCUCCAUCGUGGCGAUGUGCAUCCACAGCAUGUCCGAGUUCCAGAAUGAGGAUGGAGCUGUGGAUGACCCCGUGCUGGAAGGAGUGGAGAUUGCGUGCAUCACCUGGUUUACCGGGGAGCUGGCCAUCCGACUGGUUGCCGCCCCCUGCCAAAAGAAAUUCUGGAAGAACCCUCUGAACAUAAUCGACUUUGUCUCCAUUAUACCCUUCUAUGCCACGCUGGCUGUAGACACCAAGGAGGAAGAGAGCGAGGACAUUGAGAACAUGGGAAAGGUGGUCCAGAUCCUGAGACUGAUGCGGAUUUUCCGAAUCCUAAAGCUUGCACGCCACUCAGUGGGACUUCGGUCUCUAGGAGCGACCCUGAGACACAGCUAUCAUGAAGUUGGGCUGCUGCUUCUCUUCCUGUCGGUGGGAAUUUCCAUCUUUUCUGUGCUUAUCUACUCUGUGGAGAAAGAUGAGUCCACGUCGGGCCUCACCAGCAUCCCCAUCUGCUGGUGGUGGGCCACCAUCAGUAUGACGACCGUGGGCUAUGGAGACACCCACCCGGUCACCUUGCCUGGAAAGCUUAUCGCCAGCACCUGUAUCAUCUGUGGCAUCUUGGUGGUGGCGCUUCCUAUCACUAUCAUCUUCAAUAAGUUUUCCAAGUACUAUCAGAAGCAAAAGGACAUUGAUGUGGACCAGUGCAGCGAGGACCCACCAGAAAAAUGUCACGAGCUACCUUACUUUAAUAUUAGGGAUAUUUAUGCACAGCGGAUGCAUGCCUUCAUCACCAGUCUGUCCUCCGUUGGAAUUGUGGUAAGCAACCUGGAGUCGACCGACGCCUCAAGCAUUGACAACAAUGAGGACGUGUGUAGCACCGCAUCCUUAGAGAAUUGCACAGCCAAAUGA